CACAAAAAAACAACAACUGCUUUCCCGGAAGUAGUAAAGAAGCAAGUCAAAGCAGUAGUAGAGUCUGUGCUGUUAGCGCUUCAACCAACCUGUGCCAUUUUUUAAAUUUAACUUAAUAUGGCUUACCCAGGAUACGGUGGGUAUGGCCACGGCGGACCAAUGCUACCCAGUGGGAUAUCCGGCGGACCAAUGCUACCCGGUGGGAUAUCCGGCGGACCAAUGCCCGGUCAUAUGGGUGGACCAAUGGGAGGUGCACCGCCCCGAGGGGCUGGAUAUGUGCCCUACGGAGGAGGCUACCCCGGCGCAUAUGGCGCUCCAUCCCCAGCUGCUAAUGACCCCAUGUGGGGUUAUUUUACAGCCAUUGCUGGCCAGGACGGUGAGGUGGAUGCAGAGGAGCUGCAAAGGUGCCUGACUCAAGCUGGUUUCACUGGAACCUACAGCCCCUUCAGCCUGGAGACCUGCAGGAUCAUGAUUGCAAUGCUGGAUAGGGACUUCACGGGGAAGAUGGGCUUCAACGAGUUCAAGGAGUUGUUUAUGGCUCUGAAUGGCUGGAAGCAGAACUUCAUGAUGUUUGACCGGGACAGGAGCGGGACCGUGGAGUCCCACGAGAUGAGCCAGGCCAUCAGCUCAAUGGGAUACCGCAUCAGUCCCCAGGCUCUGAACGCCAUCCUGAAGCGCUACAACAGAGGCGGACGCAUCUUCUUCGACGACUACGUGGCCUGCUGCGUCAAGCUUCGCGCGCUCACAGAGAACUUUAAGAGGAGAGAUACGAUGCAGCGAGGUUCUGUCAACUUCCUUUACGAUGAUUUCAUCAUGUGCACGAUGUCCCUUUAAGUGCUGCUGUUGGGCGGAGCCGUGAGUCCAGACCCGCCAAGGAGCCAAUUACGGAUGGAUCACGUCCCAGUUCUGCAGGAACCAUGGCCAGUCGGGUCCCCGGAGGGGUUUUGGACCUUUCGGGGGAACCUAAUGCCUACUGCCACUGCUUAUGAAUGCUAAUAUACAUCAUGAAAAAAAAUGUUUACAGCCAAGAGCUGUUUGAAUACGAGCUCCAGUGACGAUGACACUUUAGGCCCAUUUGUAACUUUUAUAAAAUAAUACACUCAAAUUCUAUAUAGCACAUCUGUAUUAUAUAUAUUUACUCUCUAUGCAUCGGCUCCAUUUGGAGUUUUCCAUAAUCGAUGCUGGUGGAGAGUUCAUAUUCUCUUAUUCACAAUAAAAAAGAAAAAUCUAUAUUUUGUACAAU